CAUCAUCAUCAUCAUUCACAGAACACAUACACGCACAAAAAAAAUUUCAUACAACAAAAUGGCGAAUUACUCAAGUAUUCACAUUCUCUUCUUGGUCUUCAUCACAAACGGCAUUGCUGUUUCCGCCACCGUCUUCACAUUACAGAACAGUUGUCCUUACACCGUUUGGCCGGGAAUUCUCUCCGGUAACGACAACACCCUCGGCGACGGCGGAUUUCCCUUGACUCCUGGCGCUUCCGUACAGCUCACGGCUCCUGCUGGAUGGUCAGGCCGGUUCUGGGCUCGUACCGGCUGCAACUUCGACGCCUCCGGCCACGGUAACUGCGUCACCGGAGACUGCGGUGGCGUUCUAAAAUGUAACGGCGGCGGAGUUCCACCAGUCACUCUUGCUGAAUUCACACUCGUUGGCGAUGGCGGCAAGGAUUUCUACGACGUGAGCCUCGUCGACGGUUACAAUGUCGAGAUGGGGAUUAAACCUCAAGGUGGAUCAGGUGAUUGCCAUUACGCCGGCUGUGUCGCGGACGUCAACGCGGUUUGUCCUAACGAGCUUCGGAUCAUGGAUCCACAUACCGGAAUCAUCGCGGCGUGUAAAAGCGCUUGUGCGGCGUUUAAUUCUGAGGAGUUCUGUUGUACCGGUGCUCACGCGACGCCGCAAACUUGCUCUCCGACGCAUUACUCGGCGAUGUUUAAAAGCGCUUGCCCUGGCGCUUACAGUUACGCCUAUGACGACGCCACAAGCACCUUCACUUGUACCGGAUCUAACUACUUGAUCUCUUUCUGCCCCACCCGGUCUUAAAAACCGGAGCUCCGGUUUAGAUUUCACGUUUCUUUUGCUUAUUAUGUACUGAAAGAUUAUUAAUUUGUUUCAUCUUCUUCCGUUUUAAAUAUUUUUCUUGUACUCAGUUGUUACAUUCAUUUCAUUUGCAUUGUUGCUUUGAUUUGUAUCUUCUCUAUAUUUUACUAAGUAUUGAUUUUGCA